AUGAACGUCUUCCACGAGCAGAGAGGGCGUAUCGCCCUCUACACCUCACCCCGGACUAAAGAGGGUGCCACUAUCGCCAUGCUGAUCGAGCUCAUCGGACAACCGCAUUGCAUCCACCUUGUCCACAGCAUCAAAGAAAUCAAACACGACGAUGCAAGCGCAUACACCAGUCUCCCUGUCCUCUACGAUGUAACCAGCGAAGGCAAAAAGGCUAGUGCAUCUGGCGUGGCCGACAUCGCCCGCUACCUUCUGACCAAAUACGACGCCGAGCACCACUUUUCGUACAAAGAGGGGUCCAAGGAAGUAGACGAGGUCAAUAACUGGAUUGCGUUCCUGAGCAAGAUCAUUCAAGGCAAUAACCCUGAGGAAAGCUUUGCGCGGAAGGCGCUGCGGUUGUAUCUGCAUCUUGAGGAGCAUUUGCAGAAGGCGCGGACUCCGUACCUUGUGGGCAAGAAGUGUACACUAGCGGAUCUGGUCAUUUUCCCGUAUGUAGCUGGUGCGAGUCAGGCGAAUCUGGACCUUGAGCGAUUCCCCGAGUUGACGACUUGGCAUGAGCGACUGGUCCGGAAUCCCCAUGUGGCCAAGGGGAUGAAGGAUGUAUAUUUGGAGGCGUAG